AUGCUCUACGAUCGGUUUAUGAACAAGAGCUUCACGAAAGAGCUGCGGGGCAAAGAUGCGCGAGAACAGCUUCUGUUAAUGCAGCAGGAGGUGCAGAACGACUUCCAGCUCUUCAGCUUCAGCAACCCGGGCCUCGUCUCCUUCACCAUCCGGGGAAUCCUGUCCAACAACAAGCUACAGAUUGGACUCAAGGUCAGUUUUGGGCCCUUCACCUCCCCGGAGAAGCUGAUCACUUUGGUGAACAUCGUGGAUCACUACCGCCUCAUCUUGUCUGCCAUGCCCUUUGUUUCCGUCGACACGCGCCUCAAGGCGAUGAAGGCCCUUCAGGACUUCUCGACCACCGACGUCGCCAACGCGAACGCUGGCUCCACAGCCGUGGUCGGCGAAGACAAGCCUUCCCAGAACUAUAAGAGCAACAACAAGAACUACCUCACCUUCAGCACGCGCCAGCACGGCCAGGUCACGAACUUGUGGAAUGAGCUCACAAAAGGCGACAUGACAUGGGAAGUGCUCAUGAAGUUCCACGAAACACCUUCAAUUCAGACGAACAUUAUGGGCACUUACGAGUUCGCCGAUAACACGUACACAACUUCCCAUCGCCGGCGUUCGGUGGGCCUUUUCGUGAGGCCGGAUGGAAAUCAUUUCAUUGGUUCUAUCUUCCAGCAGCACGGCGGCAGCUCGGCGGUUGGGCCAAACUUGUUCGACCACAAGUGGCACCACGUCGUCUUUGUCCUCUCCAAGAGCACACAGCAAGCCUACUAUUUCAUAGACGGCGUCAAGAUCAACUCCUGCCCAUACUAUGUUGGUAAUCAUAACCCCUCGAUGGACGGGACAAUAACCAUCGGGGGCGGUCACCUUCAGCGUAACUUUGACAAUCAGGUGAGCCGAUUUGCAAUCUGGAGUCGAGCUUGGUCUCAGGCGGAUGCUACCAAAGCUAUGACAUGUAAUGUCGAUACCACCGGCCUAAGAGUUCUCUACACUCUCGACGGUGGCUAUGAGGACAUCGAGAAUCACUACCUCGACCUGAAGAGCGUCGGUUCUGGGGGAGCAUUUGUGGCCUGCACCGAUUGCAAUCACUGUUCCACCUAUGCCAGCACCGCUGUAAGCAUCCGUUGA